AUGGGAGGGGCGAAAACGAGAUCAGGCUGCGAGGAGAUUGGGAAGUCGUCACUCAACAUCGGUGUGAGUGGGGCCCGUCGUUUCUGGGAGCCUCCCCUCGCCGCGCCUCCGCUCCCCUCGUCGCGCCUCCGUUCGCCUCGCCGCGCCUCCGCUCGCCUCGCCGUGCCUCCGCUCGCCUCGCCGCGCCUGCGCUCGCCUCGCCGCGCCUCCGCUCGCCUCGCCGCGCCUCCGCUCGCCUCACCGCGCCUCCGCUCCCCUCGUCGCGCCUCCGUUCGCCUCGCCGCGCCUCCGCUCACCUCGCCGCGCCUCCCCUGCCAUCAGCGCGCCACCACCCUCGUCGCGCUGCCCCUCCUCGCGCCUCCACUCCCGCUGCCCUUCUCCCACCUGCCCAUCCCUUGCCCUCGCUUCCCUGCCUUUCCAUUCCCUCUUGUUACCUUCCCCUCUAUUCCCUCUGCUUCCCCUCAUUCCCCCCUCUUCUUCCCUCAUUUACUCCCCUGCUUCCUCUCGUUUUCCCCUCUGCUUCCCCUGGUUUCCCUCCUGCUUCCCCAAUUCCAGCCCCCUGAUUUUCCUAUUUUUAACCUCCUGCUUCCCCUAAUUUCUUCUUUUGCUUCCCCUCAUGUCCGCCUCUGCUUCCCCGCAUUUACCCCGCUGCUUCCCCUCGUUUCCCCCUCUGCUCUCAUCGUUCCCCCCCUGCUUCCCCUCAUCCCCCCCUCCCCCCUUCCCCUCAUUUCCCCCGCUGCUUCCCCUCAUGUCCCUCUCUUCUUCUCCUCAUUUCCCCCUCCGCUUCUCCUCAGUCCCCCCUCCGCUUCCCUUCCUUCCCGCCUCCGCUUCUACUCAUUCCCCCCUCCUCUUCUCCUCAUCCCGCCCUCCGCUUCUCCUCAUUCCCCUCCCCGCUUCUCCUCAUUCCCCCCUCCGCUUCUCCUCAUUCCCCCUUCCGCUUCCCCUUGUUUUCCCCUCUGCUUUCCCCUGUGCAGGGACUUCACAUUCUCUCUGUGCUUCUCUGUCCCCUGGUCCCCCAUGCGCAACCCUGUGGUGGACAAGGCCGACCGGCUGCUGCGCCAGUUCUACCACGACUGGCUGCCGCUCACCCUCGCCGCCGUCGCUGCUGCCCCUUUCUGGUGCCACUGCUGCCAUGUCAGCAGUCGCCGGCAUGCAUGCUGA